GUUGGUUUGUUAAAUAAAUGAGCUAUUGUGCAAACGGUUGUGAACGUGCAGAACUAGGUGUUCUGGGCUGUUCACUUAUGUUCUACCGCACUAAAAUUAAGUAUAUUUCUACAGGCACUGCCACUAGCACACUAAAUCAUACUGUCUUGGGAAAAGAUGACUUGCAGUCAACUUUAUUAGAGGGCCAUAAAAUUGCUCGACCUGACCUGGAUCUCUCAGCAAUUAAUGACAAAAGUCUCUUAAAAAAGAUUCCUGGCUCAAAGUCACUCUUCAGAGCAGAGUCAAGAACACGAAAAAAAGAGCAGAAUUCAAAAUCUUCUGAUCCUGAUGAUGUGAUUGGGAUGUUGGAAUCUCAGGCAUUGCUAUUAAACUAUGCAUCAAUGAAGAUAGAGAAAAAUAUUGCCCAUCUGGAGGAGAAAGGUGAAAGAAACUUAUCAAUAUUGUGUGAAGAAAAGGAAAAACAGCAAAAAAAGCUGUAUGAGCUGAAACGCCAACUAUUGCUCAAGAAGAGAGAACAGAAGCUUGAAGAAGUGCUGGAUAAACAGAUUGAAGUCCUUGCUCCUCUUCUUACUGUCUGUGAACAGUUUAAGGAAGAGUAUAAAACCUUUGCAACUGCCCUGGAUACCACUAGACAUGAGCUUCCCGUGAAGAACAUUCAUAUAGAAGGAAAUAGACACACACAUUUGGAGGACUUAAAAAAGCAUUUAGCUGUCACACAAAGUCUUUUGGUGGAAGCUGCACCUGGCUACUUGGAAGAAAAUUCAAAGGCAUUCCCGGUACUGAAAGAACUUAAGGAAGUUGCUCUCAAAAUGGAUGCAGAACUUGAAAGGAGCUUCAAGCAAGUACAGGACCUGUCUUUUGAAGUCAGUAAGGAAGUUUCUUUGCAUAACCAAAAAGUCUGUGAAGACACCUAUGGAAUAGAGACCCUGCAACACUGGGGCUAUUUGAUAGCAGCACCUUCUGUUUUCCGAUCAGGCGUAGAGGAAGCUGUUAGUGUGACCAUCUUUAACUCAAUCAAGGAAACAACAGUCCAGAUUCAGCUAGUGGUCAAAGGAGAAACAGUGGCACGAGGCCAUGGAGCUGUUCUGGAUAAAGGGACAAUCAAGCUUAAGGUUCCUUCAGGGCUUCGUGGACAAGCACAUUUAAAAGUUUGGGGAAACCGGCACCUAACAGAGGAAGGUUACAUCUUUCAUAACUAUACCACAGUAACCAUAGAUAGCAAAGGGACAUCAGUGUUCAUCCAGACUGACAAGCCUGUCUAUAAACCCAAGCAGAAAGUGCUGAUAAACCUGUUUAUGGUCACUUCUGACCUGCGACCGAUCAAUGAGAAAAUUGAAGCCUACAUAGUCGAUCCUCGGGGGUCUCGGAUGAUAGAAUGGAGCAAUCUGAAGCCAUUUUGUUGUGGUAUUGUAAAUAUGAGUUUCCCUUUGUCUGAUCAGCCAGUAUUUGGCGAGUGGUUUAUCUUUGCUGAAAUGCAAGGGCAUGCAUACAACAAAUCCUUUGAAGUUCAGAAAUAUGUGUUACCAAAAUUUGAGCUAUUGAUUGACCCACCUCUCUAUAUCCGAGAUCUUGCGGCUUGUGAAAAGGGAACUGUCCAUGCCAGAUACACGUUUGGGAAACCAGUGACAGGAAAGUUAACUGUCAACAUGACUAUAAAUGGAGUGGGGUACUACCGGCAUGAAGUGGGACACCCUGUCCUCAAAACCAUAGAGAUUGAUGGCUCUGCUGUUUUCGAUGUGUGUGUGAGAGACAUGAUGCCAGCUGAUGUCCCAGAGCAUUUCCGAGGCACGGUCAAUAUUUGGGCCAUCGUGACCAGUUCUGAUGGGAGCAAGCAGGUCACGUUUGAUGACUCAACGCCUGUUCAGAAACAGCUGAUUGACAUCAAGUAUACUAAGGAUACUAGGAAGCAGUUCAAACCUGGCCUACCCUACAAAGGGAAGGUAGAAGUCACUUACCCUGAUGGGAGCCCUGCUGACGGGGUCACAAUUCGAAUCAAAGCUGAGUUAACACCAAAGGAUAACGUUUACACAAGUGAACUGGUAUCCAGAAGUGGUUUAGUGGAGUUUGAAAUCCCCUCUAUUCCUACAGCUGCCCAGUAUGUCUGGCUGGAGACCAAAGUGACAGCAAUUGAUGGGAAACCUGCAGGGGACCAAUAUCUGCCAAACUACUUGUCUAUCAGCAGCUGGUACUCACCUAGCAAGUGCCAUAUCCAGCUCCAAGCACCAGACAAGCCUUUCCAGGUGGGAGAGGAGGCCGAGAUCGCAGUGAAGUCCACAUGACCAUGUAAUUUCACUCUACAUUACGAAGUUGCAUCGCGAGGUAAUAUUGUCCUUUCAGGGCUGCAGCCUGGUAACAUCACACAGCAAAGGAGCAAAAGAGCCACAUUCCCCUUUGAUAAGAACAUCCAUGUCACUCAUUUCCCAGGAAAAGCACCUACCAACCCCCCUGCAACGGAGGUUGAAGUCUGCAUGACCUUCCUCCAUUUCAUGGUGGCUCACAACAUGGCUCCUCUGGGCCGUCUCUUGGUGUAUUACGUCAGGGAGAAUGGAGAAGGGGUCACAGACAGUCUGCAAUUCACUGUCAAGUCCUCCUUUGAAAACCAGGUUUCAGUGGCACUUUCAGCAAAUGAGACAAGGCCUGGUGAUGUUGUGAACCUCAAAGUUAAAGCCGCGAAGGGAAGCUGUGUCUGCAUUGCUACGGUGGAUAAAAGCGUCUACCUUCUCAAGACAGGUUUUCAGCUGACAUCUGCCCAGGUUUUCCAGGAGCUGGCAGAGUAUGAUGUUUCUGAUGCCUUUGGGGCUCCCAAGGAAGAAGGGCAUUUCUGGUGGCCAGGCAUGUCCUCACGCAGACGCCGCCGCUCCUCUGUCUUUCCCUGGCACUGGGAUAUCACCAAAGAUGCCCGCUUUGCAUUUACAGAAACUGGUUUGGUUGUGAUGACUGAUUUAGUGAGUCUAAACCACAGACAGAAUGGAGGCAUGUAUACAGAUGAGGCCGUGCCAGCCUUUCAGCCUCACACUGGGACACUGGUAGCUACCAUGCAUUCUAAGAUUGUACCCAGAACAGAGAAGAAAAAAAGAACAUUCUUCCCUGAAACAUGGAUUUGGCACUGCCUCAAUGUCAGUGAUGUAUCAGGAGAAGCACAGCUGCAUGUGGAAGUGCCUGACUCAAUCACUACAUGGAUAACAGAGGCUGUGAGUCUGUCUGAGAAAAAAGGGCUGGGACUUGCCAAACAAACAGAACUGAAGACAUUUAAACCUUUCUUCAUCGAUUUCACCCUGCCCUAUCAUGUCAUCCGUGGGGAGCAGACCAAAAUCCCGCUGACUGUCUACAAUUAUUUGACUGUCUGCAUAGAGGUUCAUGUGAAGAUUUCAGUUCCAAAAGGUAUAAAGUUUGUUGGACAUCCUGGGAAACACCAUCUGACAAGAAAGAAGUGUGUGGCCCCUGGAAAGGCCAAACCCACCUCCAUAGUCUUAUCUUUCAGUGAGCUUGGACUAAGCAACAUCACAGAACUUCGCCUCUCACCACCAAUUUACUUAGUUUCCUUAAUAGCCUCUUGUGGGGGAAUUCAUCAAAAGAAAUCUGUAUCUACUGAUUUUUCUUUAUCUGUUAUUCUGCUGAAUCUAUCAAAUAUUUAUAACAGGCUGGAUGAGCCAGAGGGAUUAUCCAGAGAAUAUGCCUACAGUGUGUUCUUCUGCCCCAAUGAGAAAAUUCACAUUUCUACACCUAACAAAUAUGAGUACCAGUAUAUGCAGAAGCCUGCCCAGAUGACUCAUUUUGACAUUGCAGUGAAAGCGCACAAUGAUGCUCAUUUUGCCUUGUCCUCUGGCCCACAUGACAUGGCAGAGAUGACUGAGAUUGUCAUUGGUGGGCAUCAAAAUGCUAAAACGUGGAUUUCUACUAGUAAAAUGGGUGAGCCAGUUGUCAGCAUAGACACAACUGGCAUCCUCUCUUGGGAUGAAUUCAGGAGCUUCUGGAUCAGCUGGAAAAAUGGAAUUAUUCAGGUUGGCCACGGUACUCAGAUGCUAAAUGAAUCCAUUAUUGUGGAGUGGGCCAUCCCCAAACAGCCCGAGGUGAAGUACAUUGGCUUCUCCACAGGCUGGGGCUCAAUGGGAGAGUUUAAAAUCUGGAGAAAAGAAGAGACUGAUGAAAAUCACAAUGAAGCAUUUACUCUUGGAGUUCCCCACAAUGUGAUCCCUGGAUCAGAAAGAGCUACUGCCUCAAUAAUAGGCGAUGUAAUGGGCCCUACGCUUAACAACUUGGACAAUCUUCUACGAUUACCAUUUGGAUGUGGAGAGCAGAACAUGAUCCAUUUUGCUCCCAAUGUCUUUGUCCUAAAAUAUCUCCAGAAAACCAAACAACUCAGCCCUGAGGUGGAGAGCGAAGCCACAGAUUACCUGGUGCAAGGUUACCAACGCCAGUUGACCUACAAGAGACAAGAUGGUUCAUACAGUGCUUUUGGCGAGAGGGACUCCUCAGGGAGUAUGUGGCUAACAGCCUUUGUUCUCAAGUCCUUUGCGCAGUCUCGUGGGUUUAUUUUCAUCGAUCCCAAGGAAUUAACAGCUGCAAAGGACUGGAUCAUCCAGCACCAGAAGGAAGAUGGCUCAUUCCCUGCUAUGGGUAGAAUAUUAAAUAAGGACAUCCAGGGUGGAAUCCAUGGCAAGAUCUCACUGACAGCAUAUGUGGUUGCAGCUCUGUUGGAGACGGGCAUCACCUUUGAGGAAGAAAAAGGAGCAGUUGCCAAAGCAAAACACUUCUUGGAGUCCAACUUGUAUUCUGCAGAAGACCCCUACACCACAGCCCUGACUGCAUAUGCCCUGACUCUUCUGCACAGUCCAUCUGCUGCAGUGAUGUUGCGGAAAAUGAACAGCAUGGCCAUUAUGCAAGAUGGCUUUACACACUGGAGCUUAAUGGGGACUCUGGUUACUGAUGAAGAUGCAUUCAUGGGAUUUAAUGAUGGACUUUCUCAAUCAGUUGUAUCUGCAGAAGUGGAAAUGACAGCCUAUGCACUGCUGACAUACACGCUCCUGGGAGACGUGGCCUCUGCACUUCCAGUGGUUAAAUGGCUGUCGCAGCAAAGAAAUGCACUUGGAGGAUUCUCAUCCACUCAGGAUACAUGUGUAGCUCUGCAGGCUCUGGCUGAAUAUGCCAUUCUUUCUUAUGUUGGAGGAGUCAACCUUACCAUUUCCCUGGCUUCCACUAAUUUAGACUAUCAAGAGACUUUUGAGCUUAAUAAGAUGAAUAAGAAGGUUCUCCAGACUGCAGUGAUCCCCAGCAUUCCAACUGGGCUGUUCGUAAGUGCCAAGGGCGAAGGCUGCUGUCUGCUGCAGAUUGAUGUCACUUACAAUGUGCCUGACCCUGUUGCUAAAGCAGCUUUCCAGCUUCUGGUUAACCUGAAAGAGCCCAAAUCAGAGUGUCAUCAGCAAACUCAGCACCCCCUACGGCCCCUCUCUCCAGAUGAGAAUCACUCAGAGGCCUCCCACAGAGAUCGGGCACUGGUGGAUGAUGAUGACCCGGCUUCUGAUCAAGAUCACCAGGAAUACAAAGUGAUCCUGGAGACGUGCACUAGGUGGCUUCAUUUGGGAUCGUCAAACAUGGCUGUCUUGGAGGUGCCCUUGUUCUCAGGUUUCCGAGCAGAUAUUGAGAGCCUGGAGCAGUUAUUAAUGAACAAGCAAACUGGAUUAAAAAGAUAUGAAGUUGAUGGAAGAAAAAUCCUUUUUUAUUUUGAUGAGAUUCCUAGCCAGUGCAUGACCUGUGUAAAAUUUCAAGCCUUCAGAGAGUAUGUAGUUGGGAAAACUGCCCCUGUCCCCAUCAAAGUGUAUGAUUACUAUGAACCAGCUUUUGAAGCGACUCGUUUCUACAAUGUGAGUGAAAACAGCCCCCUGGCUCGGGAGCUCUGUGAUGGGCCAACGUGCAAUGAGGUGGAAAGCUCAGCCAACCACUGGGUUGGUUUUGUUCACUCUGGGCCGUGCAACAAUGUUUUUGGCUGUUUAGAAGAUGAGUAUUUUGAGCAGUGCAUGUGCUCCCGGGACUGUGGCUAUGAUGGGGAGCCAGUGUGUGGAUCAGAUGGGAUAAUUUAUCAGAACCAUUGCCAGAUGGAGGUAGCAUCCUGCAGGAAUAAUACAAGGAUAGAGCAGAUCCCUAUGUCUCAAUGUUCUGCCUCCAAGAAUUUGCCAGAAGAAAGAGAAACACAUUUCCAUGCAAUUGAGCUGCCUAGCAUUCAGCUAACUCCUGCAGAGGAAGGCCCUGCGCUCCAGUCAGACCUGUCCUACUACUCUUACGAGUAUGACCCUUAUGCUUCUGAAGCUGACAUCUUUGAGGUUGCCGGAGAGCUGACAACAGCAAGCAGCACACUGAGAGAAGUGGACAAGAUUCAGGAAGUGGUGACUACCGUAGAAUGAAAUAAAUAAUUUAAAAUAAAAAGAAGAGGCUCAGAAUCCACUCCUGUACGAGUUUGUUCCUACAGAUGACCUGCUGCAGAACAGAAACCAAAUGAUGACUACUUCCUGAUACCCUCAGAAUCGUAGGCUUUGCCUCCUCAUGGGGGGCAGGAGCUCCAACGGGGUGCUCAGCAUUAUUUUUCUAUCAAUUUUCCUGCCUUUUGUGCAUCCCCUUAGAAGUUAUUUCAAGGAUGAGAGACCAAUGUGCUGCCCCAGUGUAGGCGAGGAGAACAGGGGCUGGAAUUCAAACCCUUAGACCACUUCAAACUACGUUACAAGGAUCCUGCAACACCAUUUCCGAGCUACACUGAGUCCAGACCUCUGUGCUCAGCUGAGUUGCUGUUUGAGGAGAGAUGGCUGAGGAGUUUUCUUUAAAAAUUAUAAGAGCCGUGUAUUUUAGCUCAGUAUGCCACAGCAAAGGUUUAACAUUCCCAGCCCACCACCCCCCUACCACCCACUGCACCAGCAGCAUAUUACCCUACAGAAAGGAAAGUUCAUUGUUCAUCAGACUUGACAGGGGGCAUUCUCCAAAAAAAGUGAAAUCGUCUGUGAACUCCACAGGAGUUAAAAGCCUAACAGUCCAGGACAUGGCUGCAGACUCUGCCUGGGAAGAAUGCCCACAAUAGAGGUGAUUAGGAUCAAGUGGCUGAACUCCAUUCAUGCUGGAAUAAGUACUACCAAAUGCAGCCUGCAGCUUUCUAGCCUUUGUCCUCUGAUUACUCUCUCCUUAUAACUUCAGCAUGAAAAUAAGAGAGACCUGUGGCCAUGGUGUUCUCAGUGCUUGCCUGAUUUCACCAGCCAUUUCUGCUCUUCUUCCACCAGGAUCCCAGUGCAAUGGAUGUUCUUGAUGUAGAUUUCUGGUGCACAGUCUGUAUGGCCCUUGGGCUGCUGGGCAGAUGCAGACCCCUCCUCUUUGCCAUAGAGUUUUGGCUCCUGUCUUCUAAACUGCCCUAAGCAAUGACAGCUGGGAUCUAAGCAAUGCAUUUUGCUGUGAAAUGAAGAGCAAAAGCUGUCAGUUUCCGAAGUGCAGGAACAGAGACAUUUUGGGUCUCUUCCUGCUUUGAAGGAGUUUUGUGCAUCCACCUGUUGCAGAAUAGUCUUAAGUGUUCCCUGUCCCCACUUCCAUCCUCCCUGCAGCACAAAGUGGGGUGUCAAUCUACAUGGAGAGUGUUUGUUCAUUAAAGGAAACAAGAAAAAGCCCAAUUCAGUUCACUUUUAGGGCUUGUGUACAGAGGGAAAUUGGCGAAAAUGGCUACUGUGACAUAGCUCCCUUUGUGGACACUCUGUUCCAGAAUAAUUUGGGCACUUUGAGUGCACUGAUUAUUCCAGAAUAAAGUGAUUUUAUUUUGGAAUAGUGUCCAUGCAGGGAGCUAUUCCAUAAAAGCUAUUCUGGCCAAUUUCCCCAUGUAGUCAAGCCCUGAGUUCCAUUUUUCAAGUACUGGUUCCAGCCAGAGUGCUGAGCAAGAGAAAGAUUCCUUAGCUGUGGUGGCUCCUAAAUUUCCGGUGUCAGUCUCUUAGGCUGGUGUUGAGUAGUUGCUUCAGCCUUCCCAAAUAUAUGUGACAUGGUGGAAGACCUGAGCUUACAGCUCAGUUCCUGAAAUGCCCAUAAAUUCCAGACUAUCUCUGCUGGCUAGUUUUCAAAUCCCUCCUUCCCCUGCUGAUCUGAACUCUUUCUCUCAGGAUCCUAACAUGACCUGCCUGUGUGUAUGUCCUGCUUCUCAGCAGAGAUUUUAAUAUGUGUGAAUGGACCACAUCCUAACUCUGCCCCACAGCACAGCGGAAGCACCAGCUGCUCUAUUACUGCCUAGCAGGUAAACAAAUGCCUUCAAACUAAAUUCCAUCUCUGUGUUGGCACUGCCUGCAGCAAGCAAUUGGCCUGGCAAGCACUGGCUAUUGUGUACACAUGGCAGCAUAAGUCAAUAUUUAUUCCCUGGGUUAAUAACAGGCCUAGUGCAAGCUACAGUGAGAGGCAUUUUCUUCUUUUAAAAACAUCAGGACUCCACAAUACAACCCUACUGUUUGCUGGCACCAGCCUCAACUCUCAGUAAGGCCUGAAGGCUUGACGAGUGAGACAUGAACUGUCACCUUAAUAACAUAGCUGUGGUCCAGCUUCUUGGCCCUCCACCCCUUGUGCUUGGGCAAGGCUCCAUGUGACUGGGGCCAGGCUCCUUGGCCUCCUGUAGCUGGGAGCUCUUAUCCUCAUGCCUGGCUGCAAGGUCCCUAGCCUUUUUCUCUCUCCCUUUGCUUCCUGACUUGUUUUUGUCAUUGUCUCAUUAGAUUAAGUGUUUUAUGUAUUGUUUGUUUGUUUGUUUUAGUUGAUUUAAUUAUAAUUAUAUGCUGAUUAAUCCCACCCACAUGAUGUGCUGCCCCUGCUGGGCACCUUCUUUGGGUAGGCAGAGCUGGUGUGGCCCCAGUACACAAGAGGGUAGAGAUGGAUGAAUUCCCCCAAGCUUUGGCCAAGUACAGAGCAACCUCCCAUCACUUCACUGGUUCUGUUAACUGUAAAGUAGCAGUUUAGUAUUCAAAAAAGCCUCUCUGCUAUUACCCAGAGCAGGAGGGUGGGAUCUGCUGGCACUGCUCUUACCCACUGCCCAUUACUACUCUGCCCAUCACUAGAGGAGCUCUGGGUGUGGCCAGCACCCUGACCGUCAUCUAGCAGGAAAGUGAACAUUAUCUCAGUUUUAUCACUGGAGGAACAAGCACAAAGAGGUUGGGACUCCCUGAAAGUCUGUGGCAGAGCUGGGAUUAAAAUUCAGGUCUCUUGCUUGCAAGUUCCCUUCUCUAACUAGCAGCCAGCGCUGCUUCCUGUAUUCCAAUUAUUGUGCUACGGUUCACCAUUCCCUGGUACCCUUAAGAUUAGAGAGCUCUUCUAGGUUAGUAGACACCCUGUGCAUCGUCUCCUGUCCAGAACACUUCUUGUGUCCUUGGCACCUGCCAUCCAUUUGCUUUUUCCACCCCAAGGGUAGAACUUCCUUUGAUCCUGAGGAAAUGCUGGCAACGCUGUAGUCUGUCUCCCCCCCAGACAACUUCUUGCGGCAGUUAAACAGGCUGUUUAUUUAAGGAACCAAGGAAAGAAACAUACAAAUACAGAAAAGCAGCUGCUACUUCUACACCCCACCCCACCCCCGAGCAAUGAUGAGGCAGGAAGGCCUUAUACUCACAGGUAGGUGCUGCUGGGAGUAAUUUUAUGAUUGGAGUCCAUGUUUGCCCCAGUUGAAGGCCCAGCUAUUGUGCACACUUACAUUCUCCCUUUCCCAGACUCACUGUCCCCAUUUUUUGUUAUCCUAAUUCUCUUACCAAGGCAAAUUAAAUUCUUGUCUUUCCCUCCCUCAUCAAAGAGCAUUCCAGUACAUGUUCCAUCUGGGAAUAUGUCUCCUGUAAGCCACCAAGCCCAGGGUAGGGGCUUCACACUCUUCAUUCACAGGCUUAUACCCAGUGUCGACUCUGUGGCUUCUUGGUCACACACCUGUCUCUGAGAGGGCUUAGAGGACAGAGCACUGAGGGUCCACACCAUCUGCAUU